CAAAAAUGGCUGCGAACAUCCUGAAACGGUUUUUAACGCAAACGUCGAUUAAUUACAGACCUUUUUUGAAUACCUGUGUUAGACACAAUUCUACAAGGUUGGCAGAAGUUGGUGUUCUGGAAACUCCAAAAGAUCAUGGAAACUCUUAUGAAACUGGACAGCUGUUCUUGCACAAGAUAUUUGGUUACCGAGGAAUAGCACUGUUUCCGUGGCUGGCUCGAGUGUAUGAUCGUGAUACGGCAACCAAGACCGAGGACAGAAAUCUUGAUGACAGUUCGGCACAAGUUGGGAAGGAAGUGAAGGGAAAGAAUCACCUUUAUUACCAAGUUCUAAUUGAUGCCAGAGACUGUCCACAUAUUAGAGCCCAGACCGAAGCAGUCACAUUUCUAGGUAACCAAGAGAACAGUCGAGCUCUCUAUGCUAUUCCUGGUCUUGACUACGUUGCCCAUGAAGAUAUUCUUCCGUACACCAGCGAAGAAGCUACUCCCCUCCAACACGAACUCUUCGACAAAUUCCUCAUACACGAUCCUGAAAACAAUCCUCCUUUCUUGGCUCGUGAGACAUUAAGGGCAUGGCAGGAGAAGAAUCACCCCUGGUUACAGCUGUCUGAUGUGCAUCGAGAAACAACAGAGAACAUUCGAGUGACAGUUAUUCCAUUUUACAUGGGGUGCAGGGAAUCACAGCAAACUCAUGUAUACUGGUGGCGGUACUGCGUGCGGCUGGAGAACCUGGGAGAUGACACUGUACAGCUACGAGAACGACACUGGAGAAUAUUCAGUCUGUCAGGAACGCUGGAGACCGUCCGUGGUCGAGGGGUGGUUGGACAGGAACCUGUUUUGUCAAAAGACCAGCCAGCAUUUCAGUAUAGCAGCCAUGUAUCUCUACAAGCCCCCAGUGGACAUAUGUGGGGCACUUACAAAAUGGAGAGAAGAGAUGGAACAUCGUUUGACUGUAAAAUACCACCAUUCUCGUUAGAAAGUAAAUCCGAAGACGACUCCAGUCCACACACCUUUCUGAGCAGUUAACAUUUAGUAACUUACUAGCCUCUAACGAAUGAGGAAUUCAUUCUUUUUAAAUUGUGUCUGUACAAUUGUAAAUAUAGAGGUGUAUGUACAGUGUACUGACGGUGUGUAAUUUAUCAAAGACGUUUAUGCUGUGCACGUGUGGUUGAGUGUGUGUACACGUGAGUGGAUGGAUGUGUAUCUGUCAGUCUUGUUUGAAAUUGAAUCUUAAUGCCACUCUCCAUCAGUCUCUAUUAGAAGAUUUGAAAUGGGACACAUGCUUAUAAAACUUUGCAGGCUAAACUCAGAUCUAAAAUGAUGUUACACAUACGCUGUUUGUAGACACUGCUAUGAUGUUAAAAGUAUUGAUAUGUUAUUAAAGACUUUAGUCUAGUAGGCAUGUUUUUUCAGGAAUUUAAUACGGUGGAGUCUAGACUGGCUAGAAAAAGGUUGGGGGGGGGGGGGGUCAAGUCAUGCUCCCCAAAAAAUAUUGGGGAGAAAAUUUGCUUCAGCUGGGAUUGGGGGGGUGUGUGUGUGUGUGUGACCCAUGAAAGCAACCCCUUUACACAUGCCUGUCUAGACAUAAAAGUUUUAUAAACAGUGCACAUGGUGCUAGUGUCAUAUGUUGUCCAGCUGACCUUUCUUCAUGAGCAGUCAUUCCUUUUUGUUCCAUUUUUUGUUUUGUUAAUCUACACUGGCACAGUUAUGUCAGCAGUGGUUCUGAUUGGUCAAAUGGAAGGUCAUUUGGACACACAAUAUAAGUCUGGGUUUAGUUAGAUAUGCUAAUAGAGACUAGACUGGUUUAUCUGCAUUUGCAGGUGUCUGUGGGUGAUGUAAUCGCUUUAUUCAGUACUUAUACAAAUUUAGUCAGGACUGGGUGCUCAAGCUUAGGGUCAAGAUCUCACAAGGGUGAAUGUAGGAUUUUCAAAGGAUUGGGGUAGAUGUGAAUUCUAGGAACCUCUUUACUCAAUGAGAUCAUUCAGGUCAGCAGAACACUAUUUUACCCUCAUAGAUUAGAGCAUCUUUACAUGAGAUACAAAAACUGGUAUGUUUAAAUGCAAUAUUGUAAAUGAAUUUAAUCUUUCUAUGUAAGUUCAGAAUGUGUAAUCUGAAAGAAAAAAAAGAAUUUGUUAUCUCAGGUGGUGGACAGACACCAUACCUAUCUUAGAACUGCUCCGUAACUUGUGUUUUUCAGCCAGAUUUACAGGUCAUAAGUGGACUCCAGAGCAACCCCUCUUCCCAGUCUCUUCCCAGUCUCUUUCCAGGAAAUUACAACCAGUCAUAGGAGAAACUGAUUUCUAAGUUUGAACUUUCAGUCCAGGGGCCUAAUUCACUAAACUCUCGAACUUUACAAUCUUGCAGUGCAAUGCUAAAAUACUUGCAAUGAGCAUGCUUUGUUGUCUAACAGAGCCUAAAAGACUUUUGAUUCUUAGUGGUUUAUAUGCAACAAUCAUAGAAAUUGUUAUCCCAUGGAGACAAACAUUUGUAAUGUUACAUAUGAUAAAAAAUAAAUGUCAUUUGUCAGGAUUCAAGGGAUGUUAACAAAGUUCUGUUUAAUCUAUCACAACUUUCGUAAAUUUCCCAAAAUUAAUAAUAAUUAAAAUAUGCUGACUCUGAAUUCCAGUGUGAUCUUGCUGCUGUCUACUCCAGCUUUUGCCAGUGAAUUCAAGGACUGUUGAGUAUGGUACAUAUAUAUAUAAUAUUUGGCACUGUCUAUACUGGUACACAUUGCAGUAAUGCAAAUAUUUAUUAGUUCUGCUAUAUAAUAAUGUUUGGGCUUGGAGAAUCUUUUAAGAGUUGAUUUUGUAUGUCAAUAACCAGGUGAAAUCUGUAAUCCAGGUAUAUCGACACAUGAAUCCUUUUGAGUCUUCUGUAGAAGUAAAGUACAGUCAUUCACAAGUUAGAGCAUUUUAACUGCCUAUGUGUUUUAAAAGUUAUAUGUUGUGUACAUGGGCUAAUACUUUGAUCAAUCCUAUUGGCCAAUAUUUACGGGUUUCUGAACUUAUUUUGAACUGUACAACGAAAAUAAUAUACAGCAUUUUUUUUUCUGUUUUAACGGAGAAAAUAAUAAUUAUCUCAGAUUUGUUCACUUUGUUCAUGUUUUGUGAGAUGUUUUACUUACUAACUUGAAUUAAGGAAUAGUGCUUGUGUGUGAUAUAGCUCAGUUUGUAGUGCAUGUGUUAUUUUUGUUUUAUUUCAGAAUUUUGAGCUCUUUUCGUUGGAGUUAUCUCCCUUCGUAGCCAGUUCAAUGUACAGUAUAGCUGGUUGUCCUGGACAACCCAGAUAGCUGAGGUGUGUGCCCAGGAUAGCAUGCUUGAACCUUAAUUGGAUUAUAAGCACGAAAAUAAGUUGAAAUGACAAAAUGGUUAUUAAACUUGUGUUUUGAAUGACACCUAGCCGCAGGCCCGGAGGAGCAACAUUUGACACAAUUUAUAAUGUAGGGAGAGCAAAGUCUAGUCGGAGGGUGGGCAUAAGCCAGAUUUUUUUCUUUAUAUAGAGUAGAACAAAAAAUGUACAUUUUCGUCACGUGGGGGACACAGGCUCUCCUGCCCUUCGUUCCUAUGGGUUAGAGCAGACCCUUGUCCAUUUGGUGUCUUUUGUUGUGAUUUUGAGAAUUUCCACUGGAUUUUGAAAUCAGUGGUUUAUCAUAAAUCGAUAGAUCAGUGCUCCGAGAUGGGGACAUCAUCCCUGUCAAUGUGUAGAUUUAUUCCAGUGUUUAAGAAUAUGGCUUAAAUAUUUGUUUAUUCAUAUGACAGCGUGUUACAGCUAUUGGACUAACAGAUAUGAAAGUCAUUUCAUUUAACCUGUCUCAUGUGUGCAAGGAAAGGAAUGUUUGUUUAAGAAUAUGUGCAUACACGUUAUUCCCAGGACUGUAGUUUGAGUGGUUGGGAGGAGGGGUAAUCAGAAGUAUCAAGUCAUUGUAAGAUGGGAGCACUUCUCUAGCACCUAUGCAUAUAUAUACAUAUAUACUGAAUAACAUUUAAAAAAAACCACAUUAAUAUUAAUUUAGUUUUCUUUAAUUGAUUUAACUUUAUUCAGUUUGAAGCCCAUUAGUUUUUGUAUCUUUUAAAAUGAUCAAUUUCCUAAGAAUGUUUGUCAGUCUUUUUACCUGAUAAAUUUUUAUAAUGAAAGAAAAAUAUGUUCAAACUUAAUCACGUUUCUUUUACUCAGUAUACUUGCUGUAGGGGAAAAAUGCCUCCCACGAGUAACGGAGUUAUGCCUCUUUUAAUCCUCAUAUAUUUGGUGUUAUUAGUGUUAUACAUUUGGUAAUUGUAAUAUUAUCUAGAGAAUGAGAAACUACCUGCUACCACAUAUGUUACACUUUUAAUCCUCGGAUAUUGGGUGUUAAACGUGUGGUAAUUGUAACAGAUUAUCUAGAGCAUGAGAAACUAACUGCUACCACAGGUUACACUUUUAAUCCUAGGAUAUUGGGUGUUAAACGUGUGGUAAUUGUAACACAUGAUCUAGAGAAUGAGAAACUACCUGCUACCACAUAUGUUACAUUUUUAAUCCUCGGAUAUUGGGUGUUAAACAUGUGGUAAUUGUAACACAUGAUCUAGAGAAUGAGAAACUACCUGCUACCACAUAUGUUACACUUUUAAUCCUCGGAUAUUGGGUGUUAAACGUGUGGUAAUUGUAACAGAUUAUCUCGAGAAUGAGAAACUUAACUGUUAACUGCUAACAUGUUACACUUUUUAAUUAGUUUCAAAUGAAUUGUGAAUGCACUUGAAUAUAGUACAUGCUAUGGUUUUUUUAAUUAAUCAGUUGUGGAGUGAUUGUAAUUUCUUACAUCUACUGUUGUUGGUUAGAGGAAUAAACAAUUUUAUAUCUCGCCUCAUGUUUGUUUGCUAUGUCACUAACAAAUGUAGGCUUCUGAAAGCUGCAGUCCUGCAUCAUCGCAUGACAUCAUUUACUAAUGCAAGAUACAGUGAAACCCUCAAAACCAGACCCUCGGAAUACAGGGGUGGGACAUAGCCCAGUGGUAAAGUGUUCGCCUGAUGUGCAGCUGGUUUAGGAUCCAUCUCUGUUGGGUCGGUGGACCCAUUGGGUUAUUUCUCGUCCCAGCCAGUGCACCACGACUCGUAUAUCAAAGGUCAUUGUAUGUGUUAUCCUAUCUGUGGGAUGGUGCAUAUAAAAGAUCCCUUGCUACUAAUGGAAAAAUGUAGCGAGUUUCCUUUCUAAGACUAUGUCAGAAUUACCAAUUAUUUGACAUCCAAUAUCCGAUGAUUAACCAAUCAAUAUGCUCUAGUGGUAUCAUUAACCAAAACAAAACUUCUCUGAAAACCAGAAUCCAUUUAAAACUGCGUUUUUCAGUCUUAUUAUUAAAUAUCGGUAUAGAACAUGCUCUUACGGCUUUCUCAACCAGAUACAGGUACAUGUACCUCUUAAAACCAGAUGUUUUACAUGGUCCCAUGGGUGUUCCGUUUUAGAGUGGUUUCACUGUACAAACUUGGCUUGAUAAACGUGUGUUAUCGCUAUCAACAGUUAUCAUGAGCUGCCCUCAUGUAGCCUGUUGCCAUGCUUUCUUAAUAUUUCUAACGUAAAUGUUAUAAUGGAGAAUACAUUGGUGAGUAUAUCUAUACAGUAUCGAAGAAGAGCAUGCUGCAGUUAAACAAUUAAUGGUGACAAUCUGUUGUAUAUAGAUAUGAAAUAAAGCUUUACAGAAAUAAUAAAUUAUGAAUGGGGUUUUUUAAACACUGGUUUCAAAGUAAAGUUUAAUGACCACAUAUAUGUUGGUUUCUGUUAUUCUCAUCAGGUUUGCCUUCUUUUGAUAAUGACAAUUAUUUAUGUUUCCAUUGAUGUCUAUUUUUUUUGCACCCAUGGGUGGUGCUGUGCCAUCUAUCAUUUUAUUCCAAUUACUAUGUUUUGUAUUUUCUGUGUCGACAGAAAUAGCAAUUAAGAACUUUGCUUUAAUAAGAGAUGAGACUUGCACUUCCUGUGGAUAAUGAAAACUGAUUGAUUUACAACAUGGUGGUUUUUUCAUCCUGAAUACAAUUUCUACAAGUGCCUUUAAUUAUAAAUGUUGGUACAAUAGGUUGGUUUUUUGUUAGUUUUUCCUUUCAUAUAUGUGCACCCAAAGUUUUUCUUUUCUUUCUGUUUUUUUCUUUCAAAGCUGACUGGGUUUUUAUUGUUUGCCAGAAGACAUUUUUUGGCUUUUUUAUGUAAGUUAAACUCUAUCAGUGUGGGUUUCAUUGAUUUUCCAUGCAUAAAGUAUUAUCAGAGAGAGAUAGAUAGCUAGGUAGGUAGCUAGCUAGGUACAUAGGUACCGGUAGGUAGAUAUAUAGAUUGAUGGAUCGAUAGAUGGAUCGAUCGAUCGAUCGAUGGAUGGAUAGAUAGAGAUCGAUCAAUACCUGCCUAUAUAGACAAAUACAUUAGAUAGGUAGGUAGGUAUUCUCCCUACCCUAUUUAACAGAACACACCACUCAACUUUGUUCUUUAAAAUGGCAAUUUUGAUACUUGGCCUAGUAUAAGACAGUGAGAGAUUAAAUCACUCCUCCACACACUGAAAGCUUCUGAUGAGCAGAAUGGGUAUUCUUUAUAACUUACUCACACACAUGGUAGCAUAGAUUCAUCAGUCAUGGAAUGGAAAAUAACUCAAUAAAAACCCUGAAAUGGUUUGAUCCAGUGACCCUUUGCAGCUUAAUGUGAAGUUGUAUCACUGAGUUAUAUCCAUCUUAACCAUGUUAAGAAACCAGUACUGCCAUACAUAUUUUAACUUGACCAUGAUAUUAUGAACAACUUGCUGCUUAUAAUUUUACUGUACUGUUAUAAAAUAAGUCGACUAAGUGGAUGUAUGUUUUUAACCAAUAACAUCUUUAUCAUUCAAAUGUGACUAACCACAUUACAUUUACCAUAGUAUAUUAUGUAUUUGUAAUUUGUUGAACUAAUUCAUCGAUAUAACAUCUUAAAAAAUUGUACAUUGUCAAAGUUCAAAACAUGUUAAUCAUUUCAGAAUUUGUUUGACAUGUUAUAUUCUUUUAUUAGUUCCAUGCUGGUCCAACCGGAGGGGACUGUAGGUUUUGUCUCCGACCUUCUAUGUCUGUCUGUCUUACAGUGUGUCUGUCUGUCUAUCUGUGCAACUGUCUGUCCAUCUGUCCCACAUACAGUUUUCAGGACUUAUUUAUUUGCAAUGCAUGCGUCAAGAUAUUGACCUGGACUUUUGUGUAUAGUUUUAUCAUACUGUUACAGAUCAAGUCUGACUUUGAUGGCGAUUUACCCACUUUUUACAGAGUUAUGGCCCUUGACCUUGUGCGAUAUGAAAAUGUGUUGGGCCCAUUAGGGGGACAUGUAUUGCUUCAGCAGUACUCUCAGAAUACUUGUUUUAUAAAUAACAGAUAUUCUAUUUGUGUUAAAGUAUUGUCUGGACCAUAUGUUUCUUUUAGCAUGGGUGUUAUAAUUUAGUGUUAUAGUGAAGGGAUCUAGUGAAAUAAUAAUAAACAAAAUAAUAUUUCAUUCUUCCAUUAUAACCCCAGUUACCUCAGAUGUGUUGAAACGAUGUGCCUGUAUGUGUAGUUCCAUGUUUAUUGGUUGGUUGGUUUUUGCUUUUUAGUGUGGCGACGUUUGUGUGUGAGAAAGAAUUGACGCCUAUCCACCACGUUAAUACGUUUCUCAAUUGGUUGUUACAGUGUAUGUGUGUGUGUGCGCGCGCGCGCGUGUGUGUGUGUGUGCCGUUUUUACAUAGUCAGCUUUUUCACACCUGAAGAAGGUAAAUGUUUUAAUUUCUGGAAAGUUUCUAUUUAUAUUUGUACUGUAGUGUCUCAUUGUAUGUGCAUGAACAUAUAUGCAAACACACCAAAGAAAUUGAUGUUAUAAUUUAUAUUUAACAAAUGACGUAAUUGUAACUUCAAUAAGCAUAUGUGUUGACAUGUCUGCAUCGAAUAUUUACAGUGCUCUGUCACGUUUGAAAUAAAUAUAAAAUUUAA